AGUGCAGUCGAUUCGCGCCGUAACGUCCGCCGCCGUAGUCUGUCUUGUUGUUCAUUUUUCGUUCUGGCCGCCACUGGCCGCCUCACCAUAAUAUACUCGCCUAUUCAAUCAGUGUGUGGCGCAAUUCAGCAUCACAAUCGGUCCCCCUUUUAUCGCGUUGGAGAUUCACCACGGAUCAGCUCGACUUAUUUUUAUAGGAUUACUCAUUAGUUAUCUUGACGGAGUGAAUGAGAGCUCGUGAAGCGGUUGAAACAUAUUGCGCAGGAGAGAGUGAAGAGUGAAUUAUUGAAUCUAGAAAAAAAAAACGCAAAACGCUGACUGAAAACGUUAGUGAAGAAGUGAAUAAUACCUCUCCAGGAGGGAUUGGUUAAUGUUGAACCUGCGGAAGGUCUGUUAAAUUUCGACAAAGGACAUCGGAAACCGAACACGACAGCAAUGGACGCAUCAGCAAAAAUACUACUUUUCUCGGCGCUCUUCCUAACGACAGCAAUCAUCAGCAACGAUGGCCAGGUCCACUCCGGACCGCGUUACAGUCUGGACAACAUGCCCAAAACCAGCUUCACCUGCCGGGACAAAAUCCUCGGCGGUUACUACGCAGACUCCGAAACCCAGUGUCAGAUGUUCCACGUGUGCGUCAAAGUGUCCGGAAUUGGCGUGCAAGACUUCAGAUUCCUUUGCCCCAAUGGUACGGCUUUCGAUCAGGAAGCUCAAAUCUGUGCCGAUUGGGGCGAUGUCGACUGUGAAGCAGCCACGCUCUAUUACGGCAGUGACAAUUUCGACCUCUACCGACUCGGAUCCGGUUUCGAGAGCAAACGGGCUCCAUUCGCCGAAGAGGAGGAAGCCACUUUCCACCUGCAGCGGGCAGAAACCAAUGACGCUAGGCGUAGCAAGCAGUACAUCGUGAAUCAAAGCUCAAAGCCUCAGCAAACCCCUGCAGCAGUACAGAAUUUCAACCAAAUCCCUUCGGUUCAGAGACCCCAGCAUCAUCGACAACCUCCGGUAUAUACGACUAGGACCAGUACCACAACGACGACGACAACCACGCCACCUCCGUUCACGACAACUGAGAAUUACAACAACAACAAGGCGAACAGCCAAUAUCAGAAGCAAAUCCAGCAGAAACAUCAGCAACACAAGCAGCAACAGCUAAUUUAUAAUCAGCAACAGCAAGCCCAACAACAGCAGUAUCGACAGCUAACUGCUCAAGCGGCUACAGCUACCCCGUCCGACCAUCGUCGUCCUGACGAAAAUCGAUCCACCACGCCGACUAGCUUCGUCAACAAUCAGAGACCGCAGCAACAGCAGCCACAGCAACAACAGCCACAACAACAGCAGCAGCCACAGCAACAACAACGCCAGCAGCAGCCACAGCAACAGCAACAGCAGCAGCAACAACAACGCCAGCAGCAACCACAGCAACAGCAACAACGCCAACAGCAGCAACAGCAGCAGCCACAGCAACAACAACAGCAACAACAACAACAACAGCAACCACAGCAUCAGCAACAACGCCAACAGCAGCAGCGUACCGAUUACAAUAAUGAUGAAAUCUUCCGUGGAUCGCACAGUUCGCACUUCUUCAACAACCGCAACAACGGAAAGGAAGACUUCGAAGAGGACUACAUUCGGAAGCCCGCGUCCAGCACAGCUGCUCCGGUUACGACACCCGCCACCACCAAGUCUCAAACACGAGGACGCAACCGUGGUAGGGGAAGCGUUCGGGCCCACAACCUCAACAUCGUUCGGAACGAUGUCAAACCCACUCCCCCACGGCAAACACGACUUCAGUCAACCACUCCGGAAGACUUCGUAGAUGUACCAAAGAUUCCAAAUUUCAACCGCGGAUCCAACAACUUCCGUCAGCAACCAACGACCAUUCUGCAGCCCCAGAACAACACUCAGGUCAACUUCAAGGAACCACCGGCAUCGACUCCGGUGCCAUUCUCCCGAGCAGGACAACGACCCACUCAAAACUCCGGAACCAACCGAAACGGUAAUGGUUUCUUCCAGCAACAGCAGAUCAACACCACUCCAGCAAGGACUCCACUGAUUCCACAGUACCAAACUACUCCUGCGCCAUUCCCUCAGCAACAGCAGCAGCACCAGCAGCAACAGCAGAGAUUCCCUUCAAGCACUCCCGCUCCCGCUCCCGUAAGGGACUUCCGGAUCUCAGUGUCCACACCAGCCAGUCAUAUAAACGAACAACUGGGUAACUUCAACAAUCAACCGCAGUUCUUCCAUGGAAACUUCCCGAAUCCAUCCACCACAACCCAGCUACCGAAUAUCAACUUCCAGUUCUUCAACCGCAAUCCAAGUAACGAUUUCCGAACAUCCUCCACCACCUCUUCGACAACUACUGUCGCACCUGCUCAGCAGAACUUUAACUCCAGAAUUACCCAAGCGCCUCAGUUCUUCAAUACCGGCUUCGAAAACAAAGCUACCGAACGGGCGGUCACCGAACUGUUCACAACAACCCAGGAACCUCAGCGAAACCGUGCUCAACCACGCACCUUCAACGUAGAGCAAAGCCGUCUCAGUCAGUUCAACUACAACGAGUACCAAGGCAGCCGUACCAGUACCACUACUACCACUACCGCUGCCCCCACUACCACCGUAGCAUUCGAGAGCUACAAACCAUCCACCUACAACCCGCUCAGCUAUCGACCACAACCUCAGCAACACACCAUCCGACAGCAUCCACAAUCCCUGCAGCAGAACCCCUAUGACCCCAGAACGACGGCCGCUACUCCCGUUUCAAGCACCACAACUCAGCGGCCAACGGUCACCAACGAACGCUACCAGACGAUUUCCCGAAACAGCAACGACAACUACACGCCUUCGUCGAUCAAGAAAUUCUCCACCCUAGUCCCGAAAGAUCAGUACAACCCAACGACCUUCAAACCGAACGCCCUUAGCAAGAAAGCCCUGCUCCAGUUCAUCAUCCAAAAGCCCGAUAAACCUCAGGAAAAGAUCAACCCCGCCCCACCUCGAAGCACCAUUUACGUCCCGACCGUCCCACCAGUAACGUCCACCACAACCACUACCACCACUACUUCUGCACCUCCAACCGCACGAAAACAGCCAGUCAACUACUUCCAACAACCCCAGCAACGCCCGGUCCCUACAACCACCACCACCACCACCACAACCACCCAACGCCCUGCCAUCGAAGCCAACGAAGACGACGGCCAGUACCACCCGGAACUGUACGAAAAGGACUUCUACCGAAACCGCGUCAAGGUCAAAUUCAACCAGGACCGCAAGCAAACCCACGAUCCCCUGACCUCCUCCCGGAACAACUUCUUCCAACAGUCGACGCCCGUCUCGCAGUCGCUGUCCUCCAGCGACGAAGACGAAAUCUUCCGAACGGCUCACUCCCAGAACAUCGCCGCCAGCGGUAACGACCUCAUCCUGGAACGGGCACGUCAAGCCGCUGCCAAGAUCAAUGAAUUCCUCUCGUCCUCGUCGGUGAAGCCGACCGUCCCGGCCGCCCCUCCAACCAAGAAGUCAUCCGCCGCCAGUAGCAGUAAAGUCAGUCCACGACCAUUCUCCAAAGCUCCAACGAUUCCACCGAACGCCACCAGCACAAAGAGACCUGCCGGCGAUAAGGACGAGUAUGACUACGCCUACUACGACACCGGCAGUCCCGAUGUACCGGAGUACGACAUCAUCGAGGACUUCGGUCGGACGUCCAGGAAGUCGGCGAAGAAGACGAACUAAGGUCUGCGAGUCACAGAAGAAGUCGCCGAAUCACGAGGAUGCUACCGAAAGCGGGGAAGGGAGGGUGAGCAAGGGAGCGAACGAAGCGCAGUUGUAUAGAUUUUAAAUUAAUUUAAAUUAAUUCUUUAUUUUCAAGUUUUCUCGUACGAAAAAGAGCGGGAUGCGAUUUCCUUGUUUUAGGGUGAGUGAGAAUCGCGAGCACCCGGGAUGCAAAACACACUGCCAUUAUUGUGAUUAUCACAUUGAUUUUUUUUUUGCUGACAUUCAUCCAAAAACGACAACCAUUUGGGUUAUGGUUGGAGGAUUCAACCAAUCGUUCUUGUUCAUAGUGCACCGAGCAGACAAUACGUAUAGCGCGAACGAGAAGGUACAGCGACUGGGCCAACUGGGCAAAACGAAGCCAGUAUUCAUCAGAUGAUUUUUAUUCUAUUAUAGUUACCAUUCCUCCUAUCAUCCAAACGAAAUUUGCUAUCAUCCGUCAUUCUGUAGAAGUGUUUCAUUAAAUUAUUACUUUUAGAGAGAGAGAGCGAGAGAGCGCGCGCGCGAGAAUCUUCCUCGUUGUAGACACUGAAUCCUUCCAGAUGAACUGUAAUUUUACGCCUUACUUCUUCGUCUGUCCAACUAAAUCAAAUAAAAACAAUUGUAAAUAUCUUUCAAAUGAAAGCGAAGUGUACGACAUAAGACAAAAUAAAAAAAUAACGAUUAUUAAAA